CAGAUGUUCAUCACAAACCACCACAUGUCUCAAGGGAUUUUUAGAACCUAUUCGAAUUUGGAGCUAUUGAAGGUUGCUGAGACCCGUUUUGCAUCAAACACAAUCGUCUUAAGACGACUUGUGAAAGUUAGAGUGGCACUAUGCAAUAUGGUGAUCAACACCAAUUGGACUGUAUGGAAGCAAAGUAGCACUGAGAGGGCAGAAAAAAUUAGGGAUAGAAUAUUGAAUGAGAAAUGGUGGGAUCUUGUUACAUAUCUCCUAAGUAUCACUGAGCCCAUCAUGAGCAUGAUUCGCUAUACAGACAUGGAUAGGCCUUGCAUAGGUGAGAUUUAUGAUGGCAUUGAUUCAAUGCUUGAAAAAAUAAAGGUCACUAUAAAUGAAAAAGAGAAUGAUCCUCAGGAGAAAUUCUUCAAAGAACUGGAAGUAAUUAUUGUAGAGAGGUGGAAUAAGAUGACCACUCCUUUGCACCUUCUUGCCUAUGCCUUGACACCUAAGUACUAUAGCAAUCAGUUUCUUGAUAAACCAGGAAGGAUUCCACCAUGGAGAGAUCUAGAAGUAUCUGAUGGGUAUAAGGCAGCAUUUCUUAGACUAUAUCCCGAUGAUGAUUUGCGAGAUGUUGUUACAAAUGAGUUCAUAGAAUUCGCAAAUGGGAAUGGUCUAAGUGUUGAUGCACUUCGUCAUAGAUCCAAGAAAGAUGCUCAUAGCUGGUGGUACUUCCAUGGCACAUGCUUCCAACACCUACAACCCCUCGCUAUAAAAGUUUUAUCACAAGUAAGUUUAAUUAAUUAAAAUUUUAAAUUUACAAGUUUUAGUUUAUUUAUAGUUUACUUUGUCUUCAU